UUUUUUCUCGGUGCGACACACUUGACUUCAUAUUCUACGCACCUUUUGCACACAACGUACACUUUUGUUUCUUUUUUCCACAGGUUAUUUGUCCAGUGUGGUUUAAACGCCCUCUCACAGCAUACACUAUAGACCAAGGAGGAGCAUCAUAUCCAUAUAAUACACAUCCACACACAGUGGUUUUCUAGAUUGCAACAACGAAAAACGAGAGAAAUAGAAAACAUGCAGUUAAUGGCUCCAUGGGUACCAUCUUUUGUGCAGGCAGUAUCAAGACAAUUAGAGACCAGUCCGUUUGUCACUUUCUCCUUUGCAACGGUUGAUUCAACAGGCGCACCAAAGGUGCGUACUUGUAUCUACAGAGGAUUCUUAUUCGAUGAUAAAAAGACAAACAUCCUGACGUUCACCACAGAUGUCAGAAUGGAGAAAUGGGAACAUGUGGAUCACAACUCCAAAUUUGAAGCAUGCUUUUGGUUCCCACAGUCAAAUGUCCAGUUUAGACUGAGCGGCCAUGCUACAGGUCUAAGGUUUGACAGUUUGGACAGUGUCAAUGAAAAGCUCGGCGAUUAUCCGCUGGUAUCACCACAAUUCAUCAAGCAGUACUCUUCGCAUACCGACUUGGAUGCCAUUGCACACCAACAAAUCAACGGAAAUGGCCCACAGAGGCCAACUGUGGCCGAGUGGGAACAAGAGCUGGAGUCAAAGUGGACGUCACUCUCGACAAAGCUGAAAUCCAGUUUCAGAAAACCUGAACCGGGCUCGAAGAUCACGGAGGAGAAGCAGAAACUGUUGGACUCGAUUUCUCGAGGCGUUGAUGGAUCGCAUGAAGAAGACGGCAAGAAGAACUUUUCGUUGGUGAUGUUGCUCGUUGAUAAAGUUGACUUUGUCGAUCUCAACGGCCAUCAAUCCCGUUACUUGUACGAAAGGUACGAUAAAGACCAGUGGUCUGAAGACGAUGUUUGUCCAUGAAGUUACAAGAGUAAAUGAUAUGAUGAUGAUCCGGGUUUAUGUUCUUCCGCUGUUGUUUUGUUUUGUUUUCGUGCGCUGGUUGUUUUGUUCUAUAUCGUGGAUUCCCUUCUCACCCACAACGGGAUCCUUUGUCUUUCCCGUGGGUCGUGGAAGAGGAACCUCACUUGUGUUUGGUUCUACUGUAUAUAAACUAUCUCACGAAUUGGAAAUUGCGCCAUCUCUAAUAAGUCUUAAACCC